AUGUUUGCGUUCGGUCCAGACAAUGAAGAUUCCUUCUAUAAUCUUUAUGAAAAGAUUAGUAGUAUUGGUCUCAUGGACCCUACCAAGGAGAGUACAACCAAACUACAACAAUUAAUCAACAAUCAUAAAUCAAGCCUAUUGAGUUUGAAAUUUAGCGAAAGGAAUGCGGACGCAAGAAGUAAAAUCGAAAAUAACAACGUGGAAGUGAAAGGAGUUCGGUCUAAUCUUCCUCAAUCUCUAAAGCUUUUAGUUUGCCAAGUUUCGGAUGCACUCGAUCUGAACGAGAUGAUUGCUCUAAGUUUAAUUUUCACUGCUACCAAGCACAACCCACCAACGACAUAUGGUGCUGAAGAAUAUCAUGCUUCUAUCAAACUCUUUUACGAGGAAUAUUUAAAGCUUUUAUUAUCGGUUGUUUGUUUAUUUCAAGCCCGAUAUAAUGAAGAGUUGAAUCCACACAUCAGAGAGGUUGUAACAAAAUCGACAACUGAAUUACUCAAAGAGGGACUUGUUAAAUCUAUUUGCUCCAGAAUCAAUGAAUUAACAAAACAAAUCAAUGAAUCUCAAAAUACCAUCAACACCUAUAGGUCAGCAGGAAAUGGAGAUUCUAACGAAGUUACUCAUUCAAUUGAGCAAAUUAAUUUUAGGGUUCUUAUCAGGAGAAGUUUGGGAGACUGUUUAUUCUUCUCUUGCUUCAAUUUACAAUGUGAUGAGGAAACUUUUGACAGUGUUUUCAAUUGUUUUAAACAUUCACUCAACACAUUCAAUGCAUCAAUUGAACAGCUCAUUGCAGAUCAAAAUGAAGAACUAACCUACGAUGCAUUGAUGUUAAUAGAUGCUCUUCCUAUGGGAUCCAAAUCCAUUUUCAACAUGUUAUACAUGGAAACAUCAACAAUUCUUUGCCUUUUAGAGCCAAUAGAAGGAAAAGAAAAAUUUGAUCCUAAACUUGAAAAACUCGUUACUACAAACACUCUCUACAAGCCACAAUUUAUUCAGAAAUUCGACAAAUCCUUGAGGGAUUUAACAGAAAGCAUGGAUAACCCGAAUCUUGUAGACAAACCUCAAUUUGAAGCUGUUAUUGGAUUAAUGUGGAGCUUGGGAUUGCAAGCAACGAAGAAGGAUGACUUUGUAGGAUACUCAAACAAUGCCUUUGACUUGAGCUUGUCUCGAAAAGUCUUUGAAUUCAUCUCUAAAGGCUGGCUUAACAGCAAAACGUUUAGAAACGAUUCUGAGCAAACAAAAGAGUUCAUUGUCUACGUGUUGAGUGAACUUGUGUGUGGUAUUUUGACCAAACAAUCCAAUAUCAUUGCAGAGCUGUUGACUGAUCAAAGCGAGAAGAUGAAAACCUUUUUAAACAGAAGAAGAGAUGGGUUACCGCUUGAGGAGAACGAAGAUGAAGAGACAAUUUCUGAACACGUGAAUAGCUUACUGUUAUUGAUUAGUGAGCUUUAUAUGCAUUAUCCUGAAUACUCACAUCGAUUCUUCGAACAGAGAGAGCUACGAGCGGUCAUCGCAAAUACUUUUUGCGAGCACAUAACUUCACUGUGCAAACUACAGGAAGAGAUUGAUCUUGGGUUUAUUUAUUACAUUGGAAUUUUGUGUUCCUUUAGUGGAGACACUGUUGGAGCCGUGAACGUAUUCAGAAUGUUGUGUGAUUCUCCAUAUCCACUAUUCAGUUGGAGCUACUUCUUCCAAACACUUAUUCCACAAUUUCAGCAAUACAACGGAAUGAGUAAGGAAGAUGUUGCUUUUGACGAAAAAACUUUGGACUCUAUCUAUGUUGUACUGAAACUAGUCGAAAAAAUUUGUCAUAACUCUGAAGAAAGCAGAAUGGCAUUUUUAGAGAAUGGCUGGGAUAUUUUGGGACUUCUGUUUGGGUUGAUGUUUGUGCCAAAGCUGUCUCCAGUUCUUAUGGGCCAGGUAUUCUCCACACUUGCUUCUUUUGUGAAACCAUCAAGCGGACCACCUAGCAAAGAAGCUCAAGUUAUUCUUGCCCAGAUGGAAAGAUUCCAAAUUCUCAAGUAUGAAAUAAGGAAUGACAAAUACGAAAUUUCUAACUCAGGAGGUGUCAAGUAUCAACUCAAUUUUAGAGAAUCUCAAGAAGGGGAAUAUUUUGAAACAUUGGGAUUUUUAGAAUUAAUUUAUUCUCUAAUUUCCUGUACCAAUUAUCCUAUCAAUGGAUUCGCUCCCUAUCUCAAAUUCAUCCAAGAAGACGUUUUUAAUAACUUUUCCAAGAGAUACUACAAAGAGGACAGCGAAAAAUGGCUAAUCGCUAAAUCAUGCUUGCAAAUAUUCACAAAACUCCUUUCUAGAUAUUCUCCUUCUGUGAGUGAUUUUGGUGACACGAAGCCUGGCGCUCAACAAGCGAUGGAGGAUGAAAACGCACCUAAAAUUCCUACUGUGCUCCAAGCUCCACCAGGAUUCCAAAUUAUGAAUGACAUGCUGAGCAAUACUAUUUUCAGAAAAGAACUUUUUAACGUUAUUGGUGUUAAUCUAGAAGAAGAAAGAAGCACAAACAGAGAAGGAGAAGCAAUGGAAAAAUCUGUUAUAUAUGCUCUUCAAAUGAUUGAAACUACACUGCUGAAAGAGGAGGCAUUCAUUCAAUCAUUAUCUCAGACUCAAAGAGAUGUUCCAGCAGUAAUCAAGAGAUUAGAAUAUCAAAUGCCAAAUACUUUAAUAAUCAAAUUAGUCGACCUCUUAGAUUAUUCUUUCAACAACGAGGUUAGAUAUCGAGUUGUAAACAUUCUUUGUUUAGUCAGCAAGAAUAUUACCAAUUUGGUAGGAUUGUUCAAAGAAAGAAAGAGAGACAAAAAGCUUGUUAACCUCUUUGUAAAACAUCUGUAUGCGGUUACAUUCGAAAGUAACAGAGAGCGAUCAGACAUUGAUGAUUCCCAAGUUGAUGACAAUCAAAGAGACAAUGAAACUAGACUCAAAAUGUUGGAUCUGUUAAAAUCUAAUGUUGAUGCUCCAGGAGAAAAUAUCACACACAUGCUUUGUGGCUUUGACAUUGCAAGUGACGAACCAAGAGAGAUCGAUAUUUUCAAUGAGAAGACAUGUUUAACAAUUAUUCUCCAUUUACUAAGAUCAAAGAGAUUACCAAAGACUCAUCCUAGAUUUAUAGAAUCCUGCUACGAACUCAUCUACAAACUUUGUGCUGAUAGAAGAGUGAGUCAGCAAACAUUUGCCUGUUUAGAAAAAUCAAGCUUCUUAAAUGACAAAUUGAUGAAUGAUAACUUUGCUACAAAAAUUGCUCCAUCUCCAGUAGCACAUCAUAUUCUGAAUCAACGCGCGUUUGUGAUUAGAAUUGUGGCUCUUAAGUUAUAUUCCAAUACAAAAGCAUUUAAAAAGGGAGAUAGCAACAGAGGUGGUGUGCAAGAGCUCGUUCAUAUUUUAUUUGGAGGAGAUUCACUUGGAGUUGCUAACAAUAUCUUCAGUCGCUCCAUGCUUUUUGAGCAAAGAAGAGCACUAAUGUUGGAAGUGUUAGAUACUAUUGAUUUGAACUUGGUCACUCCAAAUACUCCAUACGAUAUUGCAUCCGUAGAAUGGAAACAAUUUUUAAAGAAUUGGUCUUCGAAGUUUAAUGCUUUUUCUGGAUGGAAGCAAGUCGUUGAUAUCACACUGUCUCAAUGCUUUGGAAUGAUACCCGAUGAUGAGAUACGAUUGAGAAUUUUACAUGAUUUGAUGAAUUCUCUACUUUUUAAGCUGUCCCAGAUGAAGUCAAACAACAAUAAGAAAGGCAAAGAGCAACAAAAAUUAGACUUACUUGUGUCUCAAUUAAUUUUGAGGAUCAUGUCCAAAUUGAGAGAGGAAUUAAUAACCAGUGGAGAAACUCUAAUGCUUCCUGUUGAUCAAUGCCUCACCAUUUUCAGAAAUCUUUUAGAAUGCACUCUUUAUGCUGAGCAGAGCGAACAAGCUGUUCGAGGAAAUUUAUAUUCAGCACUGAUAAAUUAUCUUCAAUACACAAAGAAGAAUGAACUCAAUGCUGGAAGCAGUCAAAUACAAGACCUGCAAAAGAAUAAUGAGCACGUAUUGGAUCGUUAUGAUAUUUCCCUAUUACCAAUGGUUUGUAAGGAUGCCCUAGACGCCAAGAAUAUCUGGAAAACAGUUUCCUUCUCACUUCUCGAAACUCUCUUUUUAUACACGACCAACAUUGCACAAAGAGGAAAAUGGAUUAACUUUUUCGAACAGUUUGGCUACUUGAAACAAAUUUUGGAUAGCGUAAUGACAGAAGCAAAACAUUCUCUUUCCAAAGUGUUACACCCUACUUUUCAUGAAAGUGACGCCUCUUCUCUGAACCGAUUGUUUAUCUAUGAGAAUGCCAUGUCUUUUCUUUUAAAGUUUGCAGAUAUUGAUCCAAAGAGUUGUGAAAUCAUGGUGACUUAUGAAUUACUACCAAAACUAUCUGCCCAUUUUUCAUUCAUUGACCUCAGACCAUCCAUAAUUUCCCAUCAAUACGGAAGAAAAGUCGACCAUGAAGACACCAUGCUUGAUGACGGAGAUUGGGAGCCUUCUAUCACAGAAAAGUAUAAUCAAUUAGCCAUUCCUGCUCUCAAAUUAAUCAUUUCUAUUCAAUCAAAUCUCCGAAACAACAAGAAGGUGGCAGAACAAGUUUUGUCAUUUAUUGAACAACACAGAAAAGCCAUUUCCUCAAUUAUCAAGCUAGAGAAUGUACAAAAAAAUUUGGUCUAUGUUGAACCUGGCUCCUUGGAAUUAGUGAGAUUGGUUUGUCAGAUGUUUUACUUGUUGGCUCUUCACCCAGACAUUAUUACAAAGAAGCUUUAUUCCAACAAGUUUGAGAGACUACUCUUGAAUGCCUUAUUGAAACUUUCAACUAUUCAACAAUUAGGAAAGCCUCAAAUUAAUAUUUUGGAUGCUAAUUUAUCGCAAACUGAUGGAAUCAAUUCCAAUACUGAACUGCAGAUGGAAUAUGAACUUGAACAGAAAAAGAUGGCUGUUGACGAAAUUUGUAAGAUCAUCAUUAAUUAUUGUAGAGUAGUGACGGAAUAUCCCUCAUUCCUUUCAGAAUCAAGCAUGAGUUUAAUUGGCAGAGUUUUGUUCACUCACUAUUUAUCUACCAAUAGCGCUUCAGCAGCAGUAUCCACCAUGACCGAUGAUGAAGACUUGGUUGUACAAGGUCGAUCUUCAAGCAAAUCUACAACGGAGUCCACAGACCAAAGACCAUCUCUCUUCACUCUGUGCUUGUUGUUGCAAAAUGGUUUGACCAGAUUGAACAAUGCAUUGGAAGAACGAUUUGCAUGUGAGUCCAAUAUCCAGCAAUUGGACCAACUUAAAAUUGAGCAAUUGAACAAUAUGGUCCGCUCUGCCAAUUUAAUAUUGGGUGAAGAACAUUUCAUGAGCUUCUUUGAAAAGCAAGAUUCUGUGCCAAACGAAGCUAAACUCUUAUGCAGAACUAUUCUCACUAGAAAGUUGUUGAAACUUGACUCUUAUCUGAACACUCAUAUUAAUUUAUUGGAAAACACACUUACCGUGUUAUUUAGACAUAUUAAUUUAUAUUUACAAUCGAGUAGCGAUGACAGAAGUAACAAAUUAGGACAAAUAACCUUAACCACAGAACAACGAACACAAUUAUUACAAGAAGCUACCACUGGGGCUCUCAACAAACUUCUCGAUGAAAUUCUUCAACUCAAAAUGCCCAAGAUUUUACUGAAGCAACAAAUGUCCUAUGUGGACAAUAAUUUCUGUUUGAAUAUGGCUCAACGUAUUAAGAAUUUAAUCUUCCAAGUGACCUCUGAAUAA